CCAAAGUCGGAGUAGAUUAUUGUUUUCUGUUUACUUCCAAGCAAGGCAACAAUCCAAAACGAGGUCUUAUAUAUAUAAAUGUUUAAUCUGUCUUAUAUCCACUCCAACUCCAACUUCAAAACCUCCUUCGUCAAUUACCCACCAGUCAACACCACCGCAAACCAACACUUCAAUCAUUUAGGCUGUUGUGAAAACAUUGCAAUUGAAUGUGGUGAGUAAUGGCUGCUACCAAAGUCCCUUAUUGUGUUAUUUUGCUCUGCUUCUUCCUUGGAACUUGUUUGCUGUCCCAGUGUUUUGCAAUUGGAGUUGAUGCAAACCAGACAGCAAGACUGUUUGUAAAUGCUUCGCAAACGCGGCCAAUACCUGAUACACUAUUUGGAAUAUUCUUUGAGGAGAUCAACCAUGCAGGUGCUGGUGGGCUGUGGGCAGAGCUUGUGAGCAACAGAGGUUUUGAAGCUGGGGGCCAAAAUAUUCCCUCAAAUAUUGAUCCAUGGUCUAUUAUUGGGGAUGAGUCAUCUCUAAUUGUUUCAACGGACCGCUCUUCAUGCUUUGAGCGAAACAAGAUUGCACUUCGAAUGGAGGUGCUUUGUGAUAGCCAAGGUAGUAAAGUUUGUCCAACUGGAGGAGUUGGUGUUUAUAAUCCAGGAUUCUGGGGCAUGGAUAUCAAACAAGGCAAGACCUACAAAAUAGUUUUUUAUAUCCGUUCUUUGGGAUCCGUUAAUCUAUCUUUGUCACUGACGAGCUUAGAUGGGUUGCAAACGCUGGCUAAUGCCAGAAUCAUAGCUUCUGCUUCUGAUGUUUCAAACUGGACAAAAGUGGAAAGUUCGUUGGAAGCCAAAGAAACAAAUCAUAACGCAAGGCUGCAAUUGACAACUACCAAAAAAGGGGUGAUAUGGAUUGAUCAAGUAUCAGCUAUGCCUUUGGACACCCACAAGGGACAUGGUUUUCGGAAUGAGCUUGUUCAAAUGCUUGUUGAUAUUAAACCUCGAUUCCUCAGAUUUCCAGGUGGAUGUUUUGUUGAAGGUGAAUGGUUAAGAAAUGCAUUUCGUUGGAAAGAGAGUAUCGGACCCUGGGAGGAGAGGCCUGGACACUUUGGUGAUGUUUGGAUGUAUUGGACAGAUGAUGGAAUUGGUUAUUAUGAGUUUCUUCAAUUAUCUGAAGACAUUGGUGCAUUGCCGAUUUGGGUGUUUAACAAUGGAAUCAGUCAUCAAGAUCAAGUUGAUACUUCUAGUGUCCUACCAUUUGUUCAGGAAGCCCUUGAUGGUAUUGAGUUUGCAAGAGGUGACCCAAACUCUACAUGGGGAUCUGUAAGGGCAGCAAUGGGACACCCUAAACCUUUUGACUUGAGAUAUGUUGCUAUUGGGAAUGAAGAUUGUGGGAAAAAGAACUAUAGAGGAAACUACCUCAAGUUUUAUGAAGCUAUAAAACUUGCUUAUCCAGACAUAGGAAUGAUUUCAAAUUGUGAUGGAUCUUCUCAUCAGUUGGACCAUCCUGCUGAAUUCUAUGAUUUUCAUGUUUAUACAUCUGCCAGUAGCUUGUUCUCUAUGGCUCAUCAAUUUGACCAUACAUCACGCGAUGGUCCAAAGGCUUUUGUUAGUGAAUAUGCUGUGACUGGAAAAGAUGCUGGCACGGGAAGCCUUUUGGCAGCACUUGCCGAAGCUGGGUUCCUUCUUGGUCUAGAAAAGAACAGUGAUGUUGUUUCAAUGGCAAGCUAUGCACCACUUUUUGUGAAUUCCAAUGACAGGCGGUGGAAUCCAGAUGCGAUUGUCUUUAACUCCUCUCAUGUCUAUGGAACUCCUAGCUAUUGGGUGCAACAAUUUUUUAGAGAGUCAAGUGGUGCAACUCUUCUAAAUGCAACUCUCCAAACAAAUUCCUCUAGUUCAAUUAUUGCAUCUGCAAUUGCUUGGCAAAACUCGGAGGAUGAGAAAAAUUACUUGACAAUAAAGGUUGUCAACUUUGGGAACAAUUCUGUAAAACUCAAAAUAUCUGUGGAUGGGUUAGACCCAAACUCCAUUAAGUUAUCUGGAUCAACAAAGACUGUUCUCACAUCUAGUAAUUUGAUGGAUGAGAAUUCUUUCAAGGAGCCGAACAAGGUGGUGCCGAACCGCAUACUACUUGAAAACGCUGACAAGGACAUGGAUGUUGUUAUCUCUCCACAUUCGUUCACUUCAUUCGAUUUGUUAAAGGAAUCAGUCUCUCUCAAGAUGGAAGAAACUGAUUCAUUCUCAAGAUCCUCUAUUUAAGAAAUAAAUGUACACAUUAGGAAUAAAUGUAUUUGUAUGCAAUAAUCACAAUGACUCUAUAUACCUACGGUUAGUGUAAAUAAUAUCUGUUGCAUGCCUUAUGUUUCAAGCCACCAGAUCUAUCUACAAAUGCUCUUGUUUCUUUUCUUAGUUCCUGCUUAAAAUCUAUUGUUUCAAGCAAGGAUGUAUACUUGUUCCUAUUUGUUUCCAGGUUUCUUUUUUUCUUAA